AUGGAAAACCAAGUGAUUGCUCUGAAGGAGAAAGGUAUUUCUGCAGAGUAUCUCUCUUCCACCCAGCCUACGCAUGUUAAAAACAAGAUCCAUGAAGACCUUGACUCUGGAAAACCCUCAGUAAGAUUGCUCUAUGUUACUCCAGAGUUGAUUGCGACAAAAGGAUUUAUGUUGAAGCUGAGAAAACUCCAUUCCAGGGGUUUACUAAAUCUUAUAGCCAUAGACGAGGCACAUUGCAUCUCAUCAUGGGGCCACGACUUCAGACCUAGCUAUCGUCAACUUUCAAAUUUGAGAGACUCUUUGUCUGAUGUUCCAGUGUUGGCUCUAACUGCCACUGCUGCUCCUAAGGUACAAAAGGAUGUUAUUGACUCCUUGAGUUUGCGGAAUCCAUUGGUCCUUAAGUCAUCUUUCAACCGCCCAAAUAUCUUCUAUGAAGUUCGGUACAAAGAUCUUAUUGAUAAUGCUUAUACUGAUUUGUGCAACUUGCUCAAGUCAUGCGGAAAUAUUUGUGCAAUUAUCUAUUGCCUUGAGCGUACAGCCUGUGAUGACUUGUCUCUUCAUCUCUCAAGUACUGGGAUCUCUUCUGCUGCCUAUCAUGCAGGACUUAAUAGCAAAAUGAGGAGUACUGUUUUAGAUGAUUGGCUGUCCUCGACGAAGCAAGUUAUUGUUGCCACAGUGGCUUUCGGGUAUGAAUCACUCUGUGAAUUACCUUUUUCAUUUGGGUUCUGGUUUUAUUAUGAUCAUCUUUUUUUGCGUCUUGUUUAUGUUUGGGAGCUCUUGGUGCACGUGGGUAUAGAUAAGAAGGAUGUCAGAAUGGUUUGCCAUUUCAACGUUCCAAAAUCAAUGGAAUCUUUCUAUCAAGAGUCUGGUAGAGCAGGUCGGGAUCAAUUACCCUCGAGAAGUGUACUAUACUAUGGUGUAGAGGAUAGAAAGAAAAUGGAAUUUCUACUACGGAACUCAGAGAAUAAGAAAUCCCCAUCCUCAAAGAAGCCAACAUCUGACUUUGUGCAGAUGGUCACAUACUGCGAAGGUUCUGGAUGCCGAAGAAAAAAGAUUCUUGAGUGCUUUGGUGAAGAGUUUCCUGUGCGGGAGUGCAAAAAAACGUGUGAUGCAUGUAAGCAUCCAAAUCAAGUUGCUCAUUGCUUGGAGGAGCUCAUGACUACUUCCUCCCGAAGACAUAAUUCUUCUCGAAUUUUCAUGACCAGCUCAAACGAUAAGACCAAUGAGGGACAGUACUCUGAGUUCUGGAAUCAUAAUGAAGAUGGAAGCAAUUCCGAUGAGGAAAUAUCAGAUUCAGAUGAUGACACUGAGGCUGCCAGGAGCCUAGCAGGACCUAAACUAUCGAAAAAGUUGGGACUAGACGAGAAACUGGUUUUACUGGAGCGAGCUGAGGAAGAGUACAACGAGAGGAAUAAACAGGUCAAAAAGUCAGAGAAGAAUGCAAUAUCUGAAACACUAAGGGAAGCAAGCAAGCAAAGACUCUUGGAUGAGCUAAGGCGAGUACUUCAGCUGCUCGGCGGUCUAGAAGAGAUUGAUUCACAAAAAGCAUCAGAGUUUCUAGAAAACGAGUGCUUUAGAAAAUAUAGUAAAGCAGGGAAAUCAUUUUACUACUCACAGAUAGCGAGUACUGUGAGAUGGUUAGGAACUGCAAGCAAAGACGAGCUAACGACACGACUUAGCAUAGUGGUCAGUUUGGUUAGAGAAGAAGAGCCAUCAAGAGAUUCGAUGCCGGUGACUGAACCAACCGAGAACAUAAUGGAAGAAGACGGCAAGGUUAAGGCAGCCGAGUCAGAGGUCGAUGAACCGACACGAGAGCUAGUGGUGAGCCCUUCGCCUAUAAGCCUUCCACAUAUUCCUUCAUUCUCAGAGUUUGUUAACCGGAGAAAGGUGAAGCACAACACAUCACUUGACAAUUCUUGUGAAGAUUCUGAUGACAAGAAACCGGCAAAGAUACUGAAGCUGCAGUGA